UAUGCACACACUGAAACGCACAAUGCUCACCGACAUGUGGGGCCCUUGGUAGGCCGUGUCAUGUCCAUCCACUGACAUGUGGGACCCGUUGCCAGUUCACCUCCAGCAUAACGGGGUAGGUUCUUCUCUCCCACCUCUCAGUGAUCACCAGUAGUACUGCCAUUCCCCAAUCCGCCUCAACCGCCUCCCCAGCUUCCAUGGCUCGGAGCAACCCGGGGCUUCUCCUGGGGCUCCUGCUGCUGCGGCUCAAUUGGUGCUUGGCCGUGGAUGGCGGAGGCGCGGAGGAAGGGGGCGGCGUGUUUCCGGUGGUGGUGAGCACCUGGCCGUUCCGGGAGGCGGUCAGGGCGGCGUGGGACGUGGUGAAAACCGGCGGCGCAGGGGGGUCGGCUGUGGAUGCCGUCGUCGCUGGCUGCUCCGCCUGCGAGGAGCUCCGCUGCGAUGGCACAGUUGGUCCAGGUGGAAGUCCAGAUGAGAAGGGUGAAACUACCUUAGAUGCUCUUAUCAUGAAUGGGAAAACAAUGGAAAUUGGAGCUGUGGCUGCCAUGAGAUAUGUGAAGGAUGCAAUUAUGGCAGCAAAGUUGGUCAUGGAGCACACUGGGCAUACUCUUCUUGUUGGAGAGAAGGCAACAUCCUUUGCAAUUUCAAUGGGUCUUGCAGGACCAACUAACCUGAGUUCACCAGAGUCAAUUGAGAAAUGGUCAAAUUGGAGACAGAAUAAUUGCCAACCUAACUUUUGGAAAAAUGUUGCUCCUGCUGGCAACUGUGGUCCAUACCAUCCUAUAAAUAUACCUAAGGACCCUGUUAAAAGUGCUGUAUGGGAGAAUCAAGGAAUCACCUGUCAGGAAUGGCUCCAAAAUGAUAAUUUACUAGAACCGACAAGCUCCCAUUUCAACUCUGUUAAUCGUCACAACCAUGACACAAUCUCUAUGGCCGUCAUUGACAAGAUGGGUCAUGUAGCAGUUGGCACAUCAACUAAUGGUGCCACGUUCAAAAUUCCAGGAAGGAAUACUACUCGAAGCUUCCUUUUGAUAUGUAUAUCAACUUCUGAAAUACUCUGGGUAGGUGAUGGACCAAUACCAGGAUCUUCUGCAUAUGGUGAUGAUGAAGUUGGGGCUUGUGGAGCUACUGGUGACGGUGAUAUUAUGAUGCGCUUCCUUCCAUGUUAUCAAGUGGUGGAGAGCAUGCGACUUGGAAUGGAGCCUCGAGAUGCUGCCGUGGAUGCGAUAUCCAGAAUUGCUCGUAAGUACCCAGAUUUUGUUGGUGCUGUAUUUGCGCUUAACAAGAAAGGAGUGCAUGCUGGGGCGUGCCAUGGAUGGACCUUUCAGUAUUCUGUCAGGAAUUCCAGCAUGCAGGAUGUGGAGGUCAUCACAGUAACACCUUAACAUAGGCAGAUCAUUAUUAAAACAAAAGGCUGAUUCGCCAAUAAGGUGUAUUCCUUUAUGUCAAGUUCUCUGCAUUCACUCCCAUGGUAAUGCAACAAUAUCAUGUGGGGCUUGUUCUCGAGUCUUAUAUUGGACUGCAGUUUUCUAUUGAAACUGCCAUGUUAUAUAAUGGUAGUAGAUUCAUUGAAUGCAUUGUAGACUUCUCGAGAAAAGGCUGGAAUUGCACACAGUCAACUUUUGUCUUGCAACUACGAGUUUAAUGUAUUA